AGCAGCAAACGCGAAAAUGGAGUUUCAUUUAGCUGCCUUUCUAGUCACCAAUACCUAUUCAAAAGGUACUACAUAAAGCUAAUAAAGCUACACUAUCAUAGCUAAAAUGUGUUAUUUUUGGCUCAUUAUCUUCGUAACUCCUGAUAUUAAUCUAUCUUAUAUUCACUCGUUCGCGUUGUGAUGCCGUCGGCCAUUUCAGCAAUGUGAACUUCAGCUUCCGGAACCAAAUUUAUUGUUUGGAAUCGCCAGUUUUACGACGUUAUCACCAGUUUGCCAACGUUUGUUGAACAAAACUUGUAGUACACCACAGGGGAGACUCUCUGAAACAGGAUCGUCAUACUGAACGUAGACUGGGGUCCCACGUUCGUGUGACCGAAAGUAGACGGUGGGAGGGGCGGAAUGUCGUGUGGACUUCGCUCAUGUUGACGCGGGACGAGACUAGGCGGGACGGACCUACCCUGUUGGGACAACGUUUUGAAAACUUGUCUUUCACAAGCUUGUUUCAGUCUGAACAAUUGCAGUGAUGAAGUGACAUUGAAUCUGUGACCGUCGUCAUGGGGGAAAUAAGGAACUCACGUGAAUAUGGUAGCUUCAGAAGCUCUGUUUCUCAGAAGAAAGUUGUAGUUGAUGACGAUGACAGCAAGGUGUGGACCAUGUAUGAUGCUGGCCCGAGGAACGUGAAAUGUCCGUUAGUCUGCCUACCGCCUGUCAGUGGUACUGCAGAUGUCUUUUUCAGGCAGAUCAUGGCCCUGUCAGGACUGGGCUACAGAGUCAUAGCACUUCAAUAUCCCGUGUACUGGAGUCUACAGGAGUGGAUAGAUGGCUUCAGAAAACUACUGGAUCAUCUACAGUUGGACAAGAUUCAUAUAUUUGGAGCAUCGCUGGGAGGGUUCUUGGGCCAGAAGUUUGCAGAAGCCACAUACAAGAGCCCACGGGUUCACUCCAUGAUAUUGUGCAAUGCCUUCAGUGACACCACUGUCUUUCAGCAAACUACAACAGCACCAACGUUUUGGCUGAUGCCUGCCUUCAUGCUGAAGAAGAUGGUGAUGGGAAACUUUACACAGGGCAUGACUGAACCUGCCAUUGCAGACUCCGUCGACUUCCUGGUGGAAUGUAUGGAUAGCCUGCCCCAGUCUGAGCUGGCUUCACGUCUCACCCUGAACUGUCAAAAUGCCUCUGUUGACGGAGAGAAAAUCAACCAAUUACCUGUCACAAUCCUUGAUGUAUUUGAUGAGAGUGCUUUGUCCACCUCUGUGAAAGAAGAGCUCUACAAAUGUUAUCCCAAUUCCAAAAGGGCACAUCUCAAGUCUGGUGGCAACUUCCCCUAUGUAAGCAGAAGUGCUGAGGUCAAUUUGUACAUACAGAUACAUCUUCGUGACUUCCACGGCACUCGCUUCUCCGCCAUUGACCCAGAAAUGAUCACAGAUGCUGACAGGGAAGCCAUCAAACAGAAGCUGGAGACAGAUGGUGCAGAGGCAAACUCAGAGUAGUAAAGCAAACAUUCUCCCAACACACCCUGUUCACUACAUGCCAGUUAGAGUACAGUGUUCAUUGUCCAUAGCAGGUCCAUAGUAUACUUAAUCUGAAAAAUUAUCAUGUGUAAGAUCCAUACUCAAUAGCUUGCAUUAUUUGAAUGAUUUUGUACUUAAGCAUUUUGAUAAAAGCUUAAGUUCCGGUUAAUUUCUUCCUUGCAAAAUAUUUCUAUGCAUUAUUCACGUCACAAAAUGAUCUACUGCAGAGCAGUCCUGGCUUACAGUGAUUUGAUGAGAAAUAAAAAAUAUUUUAUGUUUCAUUUUCUUCUAUGUAGCUCUUAGUACGUUAAGUUUAAAUAGUAUCCUGUUAGUACAUGUAAUUGUCUUUGGACAAUUUGAUUUGCCAAAUAGUGUCUAGCAUUUAUGGUUUGCUAUUGUAUAGUGUUUAGGAGAAUGAUGAUCUUGUGGCCUUCUGCUUAGUGACAUGAGAAGGUGAAAGGAAAAGUGCAAAAGAAAGUACCCUUAGAGAUGGGAUAAAAAGGAAAUAACAUUGUAAUGUGAUAGCAUAGUCAGGAUCCAAUGGACAGUUGGCCCACGAGACUAUGUAGCCUCAGUGUUUAUUUCAGGUAUUAAAUGGAAAGGUAUGUUCAUAAGUGGAAAUUUGUGUUCAGUGCUAGAGAAAAAAGUCAGUCAUUCAACUUAUGUUGUAAAAAGACAAAUGCGCAAAUCUAAUUGAAUUUGUUACUGCCAAGAGUAGUGUUGGAUGUGCCACAUUGGAAAGAAAUGUCAUCAUGAACUACAAUUGAACUAUGUAGCCAACUUGAAAGGUUUAUAACCAUGAGAAUUUUGCAAAUGGUCAUCAUACAUUUUCGUAAUAUUUGAAAGCAGCAUGUACAUGUACCUUUUACCGUACCUUGAAUCUGCCUUUAAUAUUUGCCUAUACAAUAUUGAUGUUUUCAUCUUUUCAAUGAGGGGAUCGACUAUGUUACAAAGAAACAUAUUAUGCUUGAUACUCUGACAUGUAAUGUUUAUACUCUUUGGAACAUGAUUUAUUAGCACAAACCAUCCAGUAUAUGUAUU